AAGAAGACGACGCGCGGGCAUUAAAAAUGUGCUGUUCUGUACUAAAUUACUGAUUUGACUGUUUUAUUUUAUUAUUCUUUUUUUUUUUAUAAUGAUGUCGAGCACUUUAGAAGCGACGGCAACUUCUUCAAGCAAGCGCUUCGGCCAGUGUUCGUACACGGCGGAGGAGCAGCAGGCUGUGCACCAUGCACUGCGACAGAAGCUGGGACCUGAGUUCAUCAGUAGCAGAAUGGCCGCAGGAGGACAGAAGGUGUGCUACAUUGAAGGCCACCGUGUGGUCAGCCUGGCCAAUGAGAUGUUCGGCUAUAACGGAUGGUCUCACUCCAUUUCGCAGCAGAACGUUGACUUUGUGGACCUCGUCAACGGGAGGUUUUACGUCGGCGUCAGCGCUUUUGUCAAAGUGCAGCUGAAAGACGGCUCUUUCCAUGAGGAUGUAGGCUACGGAGUCAGCGAGGGGCUCAAGUCUAAAGCCUUCGCACUGGAGAAAGCCAGAAAGGAAGCAGUCACUGACGGCAUGAAGAGAGCGCUCAAGUGCUUUGGCAACGCCCUUGGAAACUGCAUCCUGGACAAAGCCUACCUUCAGGCCAUCAACAAGAUCCCCAAGCAGCCGCUCCCCACUCUAGACCCGGCCCACACCAAGCGCUCUGAAAGGGAGCCCUCGCUGGAGAAAGCCCGCUUCUGCAGUCUGGUCCGAGAGGCCCAGUCCACCGCCCCCAGAGUCCUAGACCGUGGAGAGACCUCGUCAGAGACUCACACUCCCAAUGCUGGAGCCAGUGGACACGUGCAGAGCGGGGACUCCAGAGACUCGCUGGACUCUGUGGUGUCGGAGGCGCACACCGACCCCAAGCAGCUGCGCAAGAUACGCCAACAUCACCUGCAGCAGAAGUUCCGGAAAGAGAUGGAGGCCAAGAAACUGCAGCGUGACCCCACCCAGGCUGAGAACCAAGGACUCCCCACAAGGCACACAUCCAGCAGAGGUCAGGAGUUGAGCGCUGACUCGGCAGAUGGAAGCAAAGAGCAUCUCCUCGCAGACGAUCCAGACUUCUGGAACUUCACCCUGGAUGGGAUCGAGGAGCUGGAGGUGUCCAGGGGCCGGGGGUCUGGGCUGAGCACGCCACGCAGCCACAAGAUGCAGACCCGCAGCAAGACCCCGCAGAGACGGCCGGACCAGCAGGCGUCGUCCGGCGUGGGACUUGGACCGCACACACAGUCCAAGUCCCACCUGCAAGCAUCCAGAGCAGGUGCAAGUCCCUUCAGAGCAGGACAGUCCCUGAAGAAGCGCCGACUGGACUCGUGACUUGGACCUCCCGGACUUGGACCUCCCGGACUUGGACUUGUCUGACUUUCAUUUUAUGCUCAAGUUGUGUCACAAAGUUUUUGCAUCUUAAUAAAAACCUU